AAUCAAACGAUUCUUAACUACAUCAUCAUAUAGAAAUAGACGUUACAACGUUGUUGCAGAAAGCGUUUAAACAGGUGCUACGCGGACAUACCGUUGCUCGUUUGGUGGACUAGGAAUCAUUGGAGUGUGUAAACUGGUUGAACGAGUCGUAGCUGUGAGGAAGAGAGUACGCUUGUGUCGUUCAGGUGUUUACUCCAUUUUUUUUCUCGGUUUUUCUCAAAUUCAACUAUGAAGAUUUGGAUUGCGCUUCUACUUGCGACUUUCGCAGUGGGUGCAUCAGCUCAAUGCACAUGUGAGAGUUUUAAGUGGGCUACAUGUGAUGGCACCCCUUGUCAGUGUGGCGUUCUGGUGGGAACUGGUGAGAUGCAGAACCUGAACUGCUCGAACUUGGUCCCCAAAUGCUUCCUGAUGAAGGCAGAGAUGUACCGUGCGAGGAAAGGCCUGUCCACUCGUACCGGAGGAAAGCCAGUCGAGACCGCCUUUGUGGACAACGAUGGCAUCUACGACCCAGACUGUGAGACCACUGGUGCCUUCCGGGCCAAGCAGUGCAAUAACACUAAGGAGUGUUGGUGUGUCAACAGUGCUGGCGUGCGCAGAACCGACAAGGGAGACGAGAGCCUUCGGUGUGAGAAGUUGGUGGAGACCUAUUGGGUUCGCCUGGAGCUCAAGCACAAGCCAGUGAACAACGCUGUGGAUGCUGCUAAGUUGCAGGCUGCCAUAGCAACUGCCAUCCAGAACCGUUACAGCUUUGACAAGACCUUUGUGAAGGAGGUGGAGUACGACCCUGAGGCUCGCCUGAUCGUUGUCGACGUCAAGAAGGAGAAGGGAGACCGCAAGGCCGACCUGUCUCGUAUGGCUUACUACAUGGAGAAAGACGUUAAGGUGCUGCCACUGUUCAAGGACCAGGCUAAGUUUGAACCCAGUGUGGACGGUCAGAAGCUGGAGAUGGAGGAUAUCUUGGUGUACUAUGUAGACGAGGAGGGCCCCACCUUCACCAUGAAGAGGCUGACCGGGGGAGUCAUCGCCGUCAUCGUGGUGGUCAUCCUGGCCGUGGCCGCCGGACUGCUGGUCCUCUACCUUAGGAGGAGGCAAGAGCGGGGGUACAGCAAAGCAGAGCCCAGAGAGAUGGAGGCCAUGUAGACAAAUAUUAACCACAGAGCUGGUUCUACGCUGAAAUAUUAACACCUUGUAUAGUGCCUUUUAUAUAACAUUCUGUUUGCAGUUGUGCUGUUUAAUAUUGUUACUUGAGGGAUGCCGUUUUGUAAAGAAUUGGUCAAAUCUAUUUAGCACUAUUACUACUACCCAGCAUUUUUAUUUAUGAGCUGUUGAUUUAAACGUGUAACCUUGAUUUAAAUGAAAUGUUUGAAUGCUGUAGAUUCCGCAAACUUGACUCUGGACAUCGAUGCCAAUUCCACUUUAAUAAUAAAAUGUUCCACACUAGUCAGGGACUUAUUUAGACCUGGGGCACCAGGUAGGUGCAAUUUUACUAUCAUGUAGAACAGAACUGGCAGGUUGUAUGGUUUCAUAUGAACUUUGUGUUUUUGAUCUUUAAUAAAGUAUGGAUUUUUAAAAUGUA